CAUUUAAAGAAAAACAUGGGCAUGCUCAGGAACGGAGGCCUCCUAUUUCGGAUGAUUCUCCUGACCUCUGGAGGGGCAGCCAUGCUCUACGUGCGCUGGACAAUCAUAGGCACAGGCCCACCGGCGUUCACCGAGGUGGUCAACCCAGCCUCCUUUGCUGACAGCAUGCUGGUCAGGGCCAUAAACUAUAAUUACUACUAUUCACUGAAUGCACGGCUGCUGCUGUGUCCCUGGUGUCUGUGUUUUGAUUGGUCAAUGGGCAGCAUACCCCUCAUUAAGUCAGUCAGUGACUGGAGAAUAAUUACACUAGUCGCACUCUGGUUCUGCCUAAUUGGCCUAAUAUGUCAAGCCCUGUGCUCUGAAGACAGCCAUAACAGAAGGAUCCUUACUCUGGGCCUUGGAUUUCUUGUGAUCCCAUUUCUUCCUGCAUGUAACCUGUUCUUCCGAGUGGGCUUUGUGGUGGCGAGAGUCCUCUACCUCCCCAGUGCUGGGUACUGUGUGCUGCUGACUUUCGGAUUUGGAGCUCUAAGUAAACAUGCUAAAAAAAAGAAACUAAUUGCUGCUAUUAUACUGGGAAUUUUAUUCCUAAACAUGCUGAGAUGCAUGAUUCGCAGCGGUGAAUGGCGGAAUGAAGAACAGCUUUUUAGAAGUGCCCUGUCUGUGUGUCCUCUCAAUGCUAAGGUUCACUACAAUGUUGGCAAAAACCUGGCAGAUAAAGGCAACCAAACUGCUGCCAUCAGAUACUACAGGGAAGCUGUAAGAUUAAAUCCCAAGUAUGUUCAUGCCAUGAAUAAUCUCGGAAAUAUCUUAAAAGAAAGGAAUGAGCUCCAGGAAGCCAAGGAGCUGCUGUCUUUGGCUAUACAAAUACAGCCAGACUUUGCUGCUGCCUGGAUGAAUUUAGGCAUUGUGCAGAACAGCCUGAAACGGUUUGAGGCAGCGGAACAGAGUUACCGGACAGCGAUUAAACACAGAAGAAAAUACCCAGAUUGUUACUACAACCUUGGACGUCUGUAUGAAGAUCUAAAUCGUCAUGUGGAUGCAUUGAAUGCAUGGAGAAAUGCUACUGUGCUGAAACCAGAGCACAGUUUGGCUUGGAACAAUAUGAUUAUACUCCUUGAUAAUACAGGUAAUUUAGCCACAGCUGAAGCAGUUGGAAGGGAAGCUCUGGAAUUGAUACCUGAUGAUCACUCUCUGAUGUUCUCCUUGGCAAAUGUGCUAGGAAAAUCCCAGAAAUACAAGGAGUCUGAAGCUUUAUUCCUCAAGGCAAUUAAGGCUAAUCCAAAUGCUGCAAGUUACCAUGGUAAUUUGGCUGUGCUUUAUCAUCACUGGGGACAUCUAAACUUAGCCAAAAAACACUAUGAGAUCUCCCUGCAUCUUGACCCCACUGCAUCAGGAACUAAGGAGAAUUAUGGCCUUCUAAGAAGAAAACUAGAACAAAUGCAAAAGAAAGAUGUCUGAUCCUUUGUCCUUUUUCUUUUUUUUUAA